UCUGGUUCCUUGGUGAUUUUUAUCUACACCUCAUCAGGAACCCCUGAAUUGAAAGGUGAAGUUGGUGGGAGCGGGGAAGGGAUGGAAAGAGAAGUCAAGCUGCUUUCCAGGCUUAUAACUUGGGCGACUGGGAGGAUCAGGUUGGGGCAAAAAAAAAAAUCAGCUCUUGUUUGGGUAUGUUGAGUGAAGGCGCCCGUGGGACUUUCUAGUGGGGAUGUCCAGCAGGCAGCUGGUAACAUGGCUCUGAAGCUCAGAAGAGAAUGCAGGCUGGAGAUACAGAGCUCUAAGUCAACCCUGUGUGGAGAGGAGCUGAGGCUGUGGGUGUGGACAAGACUAUCCAAGAAAAGUAGGAAGAGCCAGACAAAAAGGGCUGAGAAUGGCGCCUUGGAAAACUCCAGCAUCCUCAGGGAAAAGGACCCUAGGGAGGGGAUGAAGCAGAUGAAUCGUCCGAUCCAAGUGAAGCCAGCUGCCAGUGAGGGCCGAGGAGAGGACCGAAAGCUGUUUGUGGGGAUGCUGGGCAAGCAGCAGGGUGAGGAGGACGUCAGACGCCUGUUCCAGCCCUUUGGCCACAUCGAGGAGUGCACGGUCCUGAGGAGUCCUGACGGCACCAGUAAAGGCUGUGCCUUUGUGAAGUUUGGGAGUCAAGGGGAAGCUCAGGCGGCCAUCCAGGGUCUGCACGGCAGCCGGACCAUGGCGGGCGCCUCGUCCAGCCUUGUGGUCAAGCUGGCGGACACUGACCGGGAGCGCGCGCUGCGGCGGAUGCAGCAGAUGGCCGGCCAGCUGGGCGCCUUCCACCCCGCGCCACUGCCGCUAGGGGCCUGCGGCGCCUACACCACGGCGAUCCUGCAGCACCAGGCGGCCCUGCUGGCCGCGGCACAGGGCCCAGGCCUAGGCCCGGUGGCGGCAGUGGCGGCCCAGAUGCAGCACGUGGCGGCCUUUAGCCUGGUGGCUGCUCCUCUGUUGCCCGCGGCAGCAGCCAACUCCCCGCCCGGCAGCGGCCCUGGCACUCUCCCAGGUCUUCCGGCGCCCAUCGGGGUCAAUGGAUUCGGCCCUCUGACCCCCCAGACCAACGGCCAGCCGGGCUCCGAUACGCUCUACAAUAACGGGCUCUCCCCUUACCCAGCCCAGAGCCCCGGCGUGGCUGACCCCCUGCAGCAGGCCUACGCUGGGAUGCACCACUACGCAGCAGCCUAUCCGUCGGCCUAUGCCCCAGUGAGCACAGCUUUUCCCCAGCAGCCUUCAGCCCUGCCCCAGCAGCAGAGAGAAGGCCCGGAAGGCUGUAACCUCUUCAUCUAUCACCUGCCUCAGGAGUUUGGUGAUGCGGAACUCAUACAGACAUUCCUGCCCUUUGGAGCCGUUGUCUCUGCUAAAGUCUUUGUGGAUCGAGCCACCAACCAGAGCAAGUGUUUUGGGUUUGUUAGUUUUGACAAUCCAACUAGUGCCCAGACUGCUAUUCAGGCAAUGAAUGGCUUUCAAAUUGGCAUGAAGAGGCUCAAGGUCCAGCUAAAGCGGCCCAAGGAUGCCAACCGGCCUUACUGACCUGCUCUCACCGACCAGCCACAGAAAGAAACGGAAGAGUGAGAAGAAAGGAGAGGAAAAGCACAGAAACGCUUGAGCAGCCCUUCCCAAAGGAGCAGCUGCGGACAGACGGAGGUGGAUCCGACCCAAGGCUGGUGCCUGGGGCUAAGGCCACUCUAAGGAUUGUUUUUAUCAAGUGCGUUGUUCUGUGCCUGCAGCAUAGAGCGCAGGCUGGCAGAGCAACUAGGGCUGGUGAAGAGUGACUGUCCAGGGGAACCAGCAGAGGGCGUUGGGGGUGCCAAGGGCUUCUCCGCAAGGGAAGCCCGGAUUCACUUCUUUCAAAAUCAUAUCAUUCCUUAGAGUUUAGGGACCAAAGGACUAUUGCUUUUUUAAGAAUAUAUAUAUCUAUAUAAAUUAAAACAAAGAAACAAACAAAAAAAGACAAACAACAAAAAAAAGACAGUAUAGAGUCUCAUAAAAGCUGCCUUUAAAUAUCCCUAGGAGACAGGGUGAAGGAGACCCUUGACAGCCCCAGCCUAGGCAGAGGGAGGCUGUAGAAAGAUUGUUCUGUGUCUCAUUCCCUCUGAAGCCACUCCCCGACCCUGCCCUUUUAAAAAUAAUUAAGGAUUUGAGGUCUAGGCUCAUAUGCAGGUAAUGAGAAAGUUAUGGAAGCAGUGAACCCGCAAUCCACAAUCCUCAAACUCAGAGUGCAUCCCGGAAGAGGCCCCAGGCGGAGCUCAGGUCCACCCUGGCCUUUGCCAUCCCAGGAGGCCCCCUAGCCAGCAAGAGUGGGACUGCCUUUCCUGUGGAACCACUGCUUCCCCAGGCAGGAAGAAAGAGGGAGUUCUGGCCACCUGAGCCUUUCCCUUGCCAAUCCAGGUAGACAGAGGCCCUGCCUUUGGCUGAGCUGAGACACCUCUUGUUUCCCUUCCCCUUGAACCAGUCCCAAUGUCCCCUUGCUCCAGGCUACCUUCUGUCUCUUAGUCUAAGUUUGCCCACCUGUAAAGUAGAUUCAGGAUAUCUGUAGAGGGCUGUGACAACAGACUUGGAAGGUUUGCUACUGUAUAUACUGCCAUUGAGAAGGGGAAAUUUUUCAACAUGUAGAAGCUUCAGAAUUAGAGGUCCCUCUUUACCCCGGACCUGAGAGGGAAGUAGAUGUUUUGCCAAAAUACUUCUUCAUUCCUUUAAAAAGUACAUCUUUCCUAUGCAAGAGUGUCUCACAUGUGCUUAACCGAGGUGCUUCUAGUUGGUGAGCAGUGUUGAGCUUAGAAGUGGUGUGUGCUCUGUCUGUCUUUGUCUGUCUGUUGUAUACAGUGGGUGCCAUAUAAAGCUGAUCAAUGGUGGUGCUUCCUGCCUGCUUCUGUGAGAUGGGCAAAAGAUUCAGCUUAGAACACCAUGACUCACCUUGCCUUGGUCAGCCUUUCCUGGGCCUGUAGGGCCUUGCACAUAUUUUUCCCAGGAGGAUUUCCCCUCCACCCCACAGACAUGGAUCAGCUUAGUCUGAGGCCCCAGCUGUGUGGGGUCACUCUAAUCCCCAGAUGUUGCUGAGGCUGAAGGCCUCUGAUCUGAUAACAUGUCAGAUAGUAAAAGAUGUGGGGGUGGGGUUGGAGGACUCCUCCUUCAUAACAGUUUCUAAGAAAACUUGUUCCCACCUGUU